CAGCAACCAAACAAUCGUCCGGCCCAGAAAUGCCAGCGACAGCGAGCUCUUAUCCGCAAACAAAAUCACAGUCUCACUCCUUCCUAGCUGCUUGUUAACGACCCAAGACCAUCACCCUCUAAACAUUUCCUCAUCUCAUUACUUCAUUCUUAGCCUCUAGUUUAGAUGGCCACUCCCUUCUCUUCAACGACACCGCUCAGGUCCAUCUUCCAAUCCAAGCCUAGCCCUCCCAAAACCCUCCUUUCUCUUCCAGUUUCAUCUUAUAGAGCACAGCGCAAUGAUAACAACAGUUCCCACAUUGCCAGUGUGAGUUUGUGGAGCUCUGCUUCUAACUACGCCGCUGCCACCAAACUUUACGCCAACCCCAUUACUGUAAAGCAGUUGUUGCAGAAGAGAAGAGGAGUAAUAAGGUGCGCGACCAUUGAAGAAAUCGAAGCAGAGAAGUCCUCCAUUGAGAAGGAUGCUAAAGCAAGGAUGGAAAAGACCAUUGAAACAGUUCGAACCAAUUUUAAUUCUGUGAGGACAGGCAGGGCAAACCCAGCAAUACUAGAUAAGAUUGAGGUGGAGUAUUAUGGAAGUCCAGUCAGCUUGAAGAGCAUAGCUCAAAUCAGUACUCCUGAAGCAAGUUCUCUUUUGGUCCAGCCAUAUGACAAAUCCAGCCUAAAGGCUAUAGAGAAGGCCAUUGUCAGCUCUGAUCUUGGUUUGGCUCCAAAUAAUGACGGAGAAGUGAUACGGUUGUCCCUUCCUCAAUUGACAUCAGAAAGAAGGAAGGAAUUGUCAAAAAUGGUCGCCAAACAGGCUGAAGAAGGAAAGGUGGCAUUGAGGAAUAUUAGAAGAGAUGCAUUGAAAGCCUAUGAGAAACUGGAGAAGGAAAAGAAGCUCUCAGAGGAUAAUGUGAAGGACUUGUCCAGUGACUUGCAGAAGCUAACAGAUGAGCAUAUGAAGAAGAUUGACGGCAUCUUCAAACAAAAGGAAAAGGAAUUGCUGAAGGUAUGAAAGUUUUUUGUGCACAAAUGCAAGAAUUUCUGCUGUAAGUCUCCGUUUUAGGACAAACUUGUGUGGUGCAAUGUCUAUAACUGGUGAGAAAGGCACUUCGGAAAUUAAUAGGGUGUUGGUGGAUAUUGUGAAUGAGAAGUGAAAAAGGCAGUCUUAAAGAGCAUUUUGUAAGUCAUAUGUACAGCAUUUUUCAAAAUUUUCCUUGGUAUAUUCUGUCAAGAUAAUUCCCAGUCUAUUGAUGAGAAAUGUUAGCCCCAUUUUGUUUUUCCAA